AUGAACAUAAAAGGCCCAGAAAUUAGUCCUUCCACCUACAGUUUAAUACAAGAGAUCAAUGUUUUCCUAAAAGAAGAACGUGGAGGGACCGAGGUUUCCCCCGAGGAAGAAGACAAGAAGGUCAGCUUCACACUGAACAUAGAAGCUGAAGGUACUGAAGUUUCCAGGAAGAGGUUAGUCGGCGACAUCAAGGCUUUCCUUACCGAGGAAAAGGAAAUCACAAAAUAUUCUCUGAAUGUCGAGAGGCCAAGGAAUCCCUGGGCAACCCAACUCAGCAGAACAGCGGAUCCGAUUUACUCUGCAUAUAAAAGGGCAAGGGAUGGAAUCAGCUCUUAAGAGAUUACUCGAAAAGACCAGGUUUCUUCUCCUAGCCCAAAAGGAAUUCCGAAAUAUUUCAAUGAACAUAAAAGGCCCAGGAAUUAGUCCUUCCACCCACAGUUUAAUACAAGACAUCAAUGUUUUCCUAAAAGAAGAACGUGGAGGGACCGAGGUUUCCCCCGAGGAAGAAGACAAGAAGGUCAGCUUCACACUGAACAUACAAGCUGAAGGUACUGAAGUUUCCACGAAGAGGUUAGUCGGCGACAUCAAGGCUUUCCUUACCGAGGAAAAGGAAAUCACAAAAUAUUCUCUGAAUGUCGAAGGCCAAGGAAUCCCUGGGCAACCCAACUCAGCAGAACAGCGGAUCCGAUUUACUCUGCAUAUAAAAGGGCAAGGGAUGGAAUCAGCUCUUAAGAGAUUACUCGAAAAGACCAGGUUUCUUCUCCUAGCCCAAAAGGAAUUGCGAAAUAUUUCAAUGAACAUAAAAGGCCCAGGAAUUAGUCCUUCCACCUACAGUUUAAUUCAAGAGAUCAAUGUUUUCCUAAAAGAAAAACGUGGAGGGACUGAGGUUUCCCCCGAGGAAGAAGACAAGAAUGUCAGCUUCACACUGAACAUACAAGCUGAAGGUACUGAAGUUUCCACGAAAGAGGUUAGUCGGCGACAUCAAGGCUUUCCUUACCGAGGAAAAGGAAAUCACAGCAUAUUCGCUGAAUGUAAGAGGCCAAGGAAUCCCUGGGCAACCCAACUCAGCAGAACAGCGGAUCCGAUUUACUCUGCAUAUAAAAGGGCAAGGGAUGGAAUCAGCUCUUAA